ACCUUUUUGAUAUUUUGCUAGAUUUCCUCUUGUUUUUCUUCGUAAAACUUGUAAAGAUUUGUAAGGUCUAUGAUCGUGCUGGAGGAGGAAGUAGACCCUGUAUGAUCUCGGCCAUGAUUGGGCGGCAGCUGUUGCGGGGUCCUGGUCCCGGGUCAAUCUCGAGGAAGCACGUUUCCUUCAGUGCAUCGACUCGUCACAAUUCAUAUGAAGACACAAUUUCGAAUCUUAAAAUUGGGAAACAUACACGUGUGAUAUUUCAAGGGUUCACUGGAAGACAAGCCACCGCAAAUGCAAAAGAGUCUAUAGAAUGGGGAACCAACAUCGUCGGUGGAGUUACACCAGGCAAGAAUGGCGAGCAUCUUGGACUUCCAGUUUUGCCCACCGUUCGCGAGGCCAUGGAAAAAUUGAAGCCAGAUGCGACUGGCAUUUACGUGGCUGCCCAUCAAGCCCCAGGAGCCAUCGAAGAAGCAAUCGAGGCAGAGGUCCCUCUCGUUGUUGCAGUUGCUGAACAUAUUCCUAUUCAUGACAUGCUGAGAAUACAUUCAAUGCUGAGAACCCAAUCGAAAUCUCGACUGGUCGGUGCCAAUGCUCCCGGCAUUAUAUCUGCAAUUGGGAAGUGCAGAAUUGGGUUCCAACCUCUCCCAUGUUUCAUGCCUGGUCGUGUGGGCAUUGCGGCCAAAUCUGGAACUUUAAGCUACGAAGCUGUGGCGUCAACGACCAGAGCUGGACUCGGUCAAAGCUUAUGCAUUGGAAUGGGUGGAGAUGUUCUUGCGGGCACAGAUUUCGUUGAUGCUCUCAAUAUAUUCGAGCACGAUGAUGAGACUGAGGGUAUCGUUUUAAUAGGAGAGAUUGGCGGCGAAGCAGAGCUAGAGGCAGCCGAGUGGAUUACAGACUACAGGAAGCGUUCUCCAAACCCAAAGCCUAUCUCGGCACUCGUUGGGGGCAUCCAUGCAGCUCCUGGAAAAGUGAUGGGCCAUGCUGGAGCUUUCACUUUGCCAGGAGAAUCUGAUGCGUUGACAAAGAUCAAGCAUCUGGAAGCUGCGGGUGUCACUGUUGUUAAUCAUCCAGCAAAGUUUGGAGACGCCAUGAAGCUGUUGCUCGGUAAGUCUGGUCGAGCCAGCACCGGUGCUGCGGCAUCAGGGCUCUCCGAACGAAGAAGCAUACACACAAUGAGACGAGUCCGCUCGACCGCAAAAGCGUUUGCAUCUAGCUUCGGCAGUACGAUUCAGAAACGAAACCUUUACAUCCGAGAAGACCUUGCUCUUGAUCUUCUUCGUGAGCAAGGAAUCAAUGCCUCAGAGUACUCAGGUAAAGGCAGAAAACGGAUGCUUGCCGUUGCGGUGGAUCGGGCAAACUUAUCUCCUUGUAUUAUUGCCUCACCAGCAAACAAUCCUGGAGAUCCCCAUGCUGAGGCUAAAAAAUUUGCGUUUGACUACCAGUCAGGUUUCGAUGUCAGUCAGGUUCCAGCGAUCGCAGAGCAUUUGCAGCUGGGACACUCUUCGAAAGAGUCCUUGCCAAAGUUGAUCAACGGACUUGUGGAUCUAUACAUGAAGAAGGAGGCAUUCCUUCUCGAGACGAUGUUUGUUGAGCGGUUGGGAGAUCUUAAGGUUGUUGGUGCUCGAUUUGGGUUCGACGAUGCAGCAUAUCGAAGCACCAGGCGUCAAUCAGAUAUCCAUGCUCUUCGCCGGAUCGAAGAUGAGGAUCCCCAGGAAUUGGAUGCCGAGAAAGAUGGUAUCGUCUACAUCAAACUUCCUGGGGGUGGAUACAUUGGCACUUUAGUCAAUGGGGCUGGUCUGGCUAUGAAUACGGUAGAUGCAUUGGCAGAUGCUGGCGGGGAAGCUGCGAACUUCUUGGACACUGGCGGGAAAGCCACCAGCGAAACCGUCAAGAAGAGCUUUGAGGUCAUCCUCCAGGAUAAACGAGUGAAAGUCAUCUUCGUCAACAUCUUUGGUGGCUUGACUUUGGGAGACAUGAUAGCAAAUGGGGUCCUGCUGGCGUUUAAGGAGCUCGAAAUGAGGCUGCCUGUCGUGGUUCGGAUUCGUGGAACGAACGAAGGUGAAGGCCAGAAGAUUAUCGCAGAAAGUGGUCUACCUUUGCAUGCAUAUGAUGAUUUCGAGGAAGCUGCGGCGAAAGCAAUAGAGUUGGCAAAUAAACCCUGAGGGGUGCAACGACCGUUAAGACCAGAACGCAUUGAUCCUUAUUAGAACCUGCUGUAGAGACUCUCUUCAUUACAUCUAUUAAAAUUUGCACCCUCCGAAUGCAGGAACGAGGCAAAGUAGUCACGGGUUCCCAUGAUUCUUGAAGACUUCUAUGUAAUUUCGAGGUCCGGAUGUGCUCGAUCCGGCUACUGUGACGGCAGACCAAGGCGGGAAAGGGGCUGACCACGCGCAACGGGAGCGACGGGUCACGUCAUCGCUGGAGCAAAUGAACGAACCCUGACGAGAAUUUUC